AUGGAUUUCCAGCAGAAUGUUCGACGGGAGGACGAGAAGCGGUGGACUAUUUUUUUUCCCGUGCCCGUUGAUGAAGUCGAGGAUGAAGUCGAAGAUGAUGAAGUCGUCAGCUGGAUAGACAGACGUCGACAUCACCGUGAGAUAAGAAGAGAAGAAGAGAAGAAGAAGAAGAAGAUGAUGAUAGAGAUGAAGAGAGAUGAUGACAUUACAGUCGAAGAGACAGCAGGGAGUCCUCUCUGCCUGCUCUCUGUACUUCUGCUUCUACUGCUUCUGUCUGACUUCGCUCUUGCUGCUGGCUUCUCGCUGGCUUCUUCACUCCAGCUGGACUUUCUCUCUUCUCUUCGCCUUCUCCUCCUAUUCUCUUCAAUGUUUACUGUCGACUGUUUACUAUCAUAA